AUGCACGGACUUUCAUUGUCUGGUAACAAAAGAAAUUUGGUCACCAUGGAGUUUUCGACAGGCGUUCAGCUGGUUUAUCUACCCGUGCACUGGAUUCGGCAUAGGCUUGUUGCUGGUUUUACUCGUCUGCCUCAUCCUGCGUCUCCAUUGGCGUUCAAGCCAAGCCAAUUCUGCUCGCUUCAAAGGCAAAACGGCUUCCGGGGGGAGCGCUACAUCCCCUUAUAUUGCCGCCACAACAACGGGAGCUGCAUCAACCUCGGCGGCUAG